AUGAUCGCGGCGGCGACGGUCGUUCAGAACCUCGCCAUGCACAGGCUGACUUUUCCAAUCCUCUCAGACGACGAGACGGGCACCACCAACCCUGCCGAUGGUCUCCCUUUAACACCUGUUGACACCGAGGCGGGCGGCCCAACGCAGAAGGUCGUGCACUUCGUGGACAUCGUGUCCGACCACCGCGAAGACAUCGACAGAGACGCUAUCUUGGAGCACUUCCGUCGCAAGACAUUCAAGGACCUGCCCAUGCCUUUCCGCUUGGAGGAGGAGCCCCCGAGCGAUUGCACCAUGCAGCUGUUUGCGGUGCCGAGGGGCGACGGCGGGAAGUACAUCAUCAAGCGCUACAUCAUGAAGAACAAUAUCAACAUCCACGGCCCCCCGAGCACUGGCGCUGGCCAGGCGCGUGAGAUCGCGCGGGGCACCCAUGAGAACUCAGGGGCGAAGGCGCUGCAGCACCUGCUCAUGCACCUGCCUGGCUUGAAGAUCAGGUACUCCACGUUCGACCACCGCGGCCUUAACAAUCAAAGAGAACUCAUGGACGAGUCGAAAGUUGACCAGGGGUUCGAUUGCAUCGAGGAGCAUGCCCGUCUGAUCCAGAAUAAGAGCCACCUUCGGUGGAUCACCAAGGAGCGGAACAACGAGAACCGGCAUCUUGUCUGCCCCGUCACGUUGCGCAGCAUCGAGCGCUCCUUCCUGGCCGGCGUCCUCGAGCCCAUGAACAAGACGAUGGGCAAGCAUGCUCUCAUGAUGAUUGGGGAGAAGAGCUGUGCUUGGGCGUGCGACGACGGGGCGCUGAACGAGCAGCGCGUUCGGGCCAUCAUGUCCUUCGCGGACGUCGGGGAUGACGAGUCGACGAUCUGGGCCCGCUGGGGGGCCGCGAAAUGCGCGCAGGGGCAGCCUCGCUUGAUCGUGGACGACGCGUUCAACCCAGCCACGCUCCGCCCGACCAUCGGCGGCUCCCCGUCGAUCUCUCGCGAGGGCUCUCUGGCCGCCGUGUCGACGACCUUCCUCCCGGGGACGACUCUAGCCAACCUCGUGGCGUGCCUGAAGCGAUCGCGCUUGACACUCAACUUCGCGCGCGCCGACGGCGAGGUCUACGUCCUCCACCGCCUCGCCUCUGAGGGCACUGAGCCCGUCCCGUGCUUUGUGUUGGGCGGGUCGAACUUCAUCAACACGGACGGCAUGCGCCGCGUUAGCUUGUGGAAAGGAGGCAACCGCCAGGUCGGGGCCGAUUGCGACCAGGACGUGAUGUGGGGACAGAACUGGCUGGUACAGCUCCUGGGGGACGACGACUCGGGCGCGGGGGGCGUUGCCGCGGCCGCCGAGCCCCAGCGGUUCGGCAAGCUGGGCUUGGGGGGCAUCUGGGGCAGCGCGGCAGCCGCGCCAGGGGGCGGCGCGCCCGCGGCCGCGAUGCCAGCCCCAGCAGCGCAAGAGGGCGCCGUGCCCAAGGCCCCGAUGUCAGCCCCAGCCGCGCCAGAUGGGGCUCCCCCAGCCAAGCGGGCGAAGCCUGACGCCCAGGGCCCUCUCGCGGCGCGCCCCGAACCUUUCGCGGGCGGCUUCAAGUGCGAUCGCAUCGGGGGCGGCCGCGACGACUGCGAGGACGAGGGGGAGCCACCGCGAGGGGCCCCCGCGCGGGAGAUCGAGCGACUCUGGGGGCUCCACCAGGCAGGCGCGAUCUCGCUCAGGGAGUUCAACGCCUUGAAGAAGGGCGCGAUCAAUGAUGAGUUCGACGCCGCGAAGAAGCUGGCGCCCGCCAAGAAGGGGGUGCGCAGUGCGAAGCGGGAGCGGGCUGCCAAGAAGGAGGUGUUCACGGCGACGCCCGUGGGCAGUGCGACGCUGCAGGAGCUCUUUCCAGGCUCGGGGAGGGCAGAAGUCGGCGGCGUUCGCGAGGCGAGGGCCAGUACCAUGGCCUGCAUCGCGUGCGGGCGGGUGCCUGCCAUCGGCUUCCCCGCUCAGUCGCAGCGCAUUUGCCGCGGAUGCCUCAUGCGGACCGCCGUGGCCGAACUUGACCAAUUGUUGGCCAUUCCGCAGCCCCGCGGCGCGUGGCGGGCGACGUGGGCGGAGCAGCUCAUGGCCGACAGCGACUCCGAGCACGAUAACGGCGCCAACGAGAUCGUGAUCCUUGGCCCCGAGUCCGACGGCGAGGCCACGCUGGUGCCGUCAGAAGGCGACGCCGCGGACGACAUCACGAAUUGCAGCUUCGAGAGCGACUUCGUUGAUAACUGCAACAUCGAUGGUGAUUUCGCGGGCCAUGGCGGCGCCCCUGAAGGCGUCGACGACGUUCCCGUUGUCGGCCUGGAUGAAUUCUUGGACGGCGUCACCGAGGAGGCUUGGGUUGAGUUCUUGUGCCGCCGCAUGAGCGUCGUGGUGCGAGCGCGCGCUGUCCUGAAGACGGGGGAGCCCAAGCGGAAAGCCCCGAAGCACACGGGAAAGACAAUGGCGAAAAAGACGGCGCUAAGCCAGAGAGCGAGGAAGGUGCCCUACGUGCGGCACGGCAAGAGAACUUGCACGUCCAGGCCCGAGCGCGUUGCUUGCAAGAGGAAGGUAUUCGAUUUCAUACGCGCCAGUGACCGCGAGGUCGUCGACAUGUUGCUCGAGGACCAGAUCCUGGAGAGUUUGGAAGGCCAGACGUGCUCUUUCUGCGCCAAAGGAAUCCUUGGCCCCCUGAAGGGCGUCCAGGGCCGUGGACCGCGGUUCCGCUGCAACCGCAGGGGUUGCCAGAAGUUCUCCUUGCCUCAGAGCGGGCGCAUGGUCUUCAGCAGCGGCUCUGGCGUUGCCGAGGUGCCCUCGCAGGAGCUGUCCGCCGUGCUUUUCGCUGUCGUGAAGAACGUCCCCCUUGCCAAGAUCCGCGCGCUCGCGGGCCAGAACCACGCGGCGAUCGAGAGCAUGGGCAAGUUCAAUGAUGCGUGCCGAAAGAGCGGCGUGCAGCAGCAGGAGAAACCGAUUACUUUCGGAGAUAAAGGGCAGACGUGGAAAUAUGUCGAGGCCGACGAGGUCGACCUCAGGGGCGAUAUACUUCCUGACCGCGCGGAGCGAGCUGAGAACGAGCGGGUCCAGUGGGGGCAGUGGGGCGGUGUUGUCGAAAGGGGCAGCCGCAAUACAUUGGCGUUGACGCGCCUCGAGCCCAGUCUCACCAGGCAGAGGGCCAAGGUCGAAAGGAUGCGCCGCGACCACGUCGUGCACCAGUGGAAGCGGCUCAUGAAGAAUGGCAAGCCCGUGAAGAAGGACGGCCGCCAGGUGUGGGUGACACCCACGCGCGCCAAGAAGUUGCAACGUGAACUUCCUGGCGGACGAGUCCUCAAGUGCAAGGGCGGGGCCCAGGUCAUCGACAGGUUCUGGAAACACUUGCGCGGCUUCAUCAUGGCCAGGGAGAGCUGCGUUGGCUCGGUGUCAUUGAACGCCAGGGUCCGAUCGGCCCAGUGCGCCUACUGGCGUGCCAACGAGGACCCGUGGCUGGAGACUGGCAAG